CUACACCCUGCCGGAUCUGAUCUGCUGACGUGUCGGCUCCUUCAGCUCCAGCAGCAGCAGCAGCAGCAGCAGAGUCGAUCCAGUCAACAAAAACUGCCAGCAUGGCAGCAAAAACACUUCUACCGACAGGGCUUUUUAUUACUUUUAUUUAAUUUUAUUUCAACUGCAGCCUUGGAAAAAAGGUUCUCUGACUUUAAAAGAUGCGCCGACGAAGAGUGCAGCAUGCUUCUGGUUCGGGGAAAAGCUAUGAAAGAUUUCUCGGGACCAGACUGCCGUUUCCUGACAGUCAAGAAAUCAGAAACUGUCUAUGUAUACUACAAGCUGUCAGGCAGAAGGAACGACAUUUGGGCUGGAAGUGUUGGAAGUAGCUUUGGCUAUUUCCCAAAUGAGAUUCUUGCAGUUAAUCACCAUUAUACUGACAAAGAACUUGAAGUUGCAGCAGAGGAAACGGAUUUUGUCUGUUUUGACACUGGCUUUGAUAAGUUUGACAAUUAUGACAUAGACUCACUAAUAGGCUCUUUCUUGGAGGGGACUGAUGGUGAAACUAAGAAAACACCUGACCUAACCCAAGCAGCUGAGGAUGCACAGAAAGAAACACAGCCAUCAGCAGAGGCAUCUGACAGCGAAAAACAAACUGAGCUUCAUGAUGUCUCUGAGGAUCUUGAUGACAUCCCAGAUGAUGAAAAUGCCUCUUUACCUGAAUCUGAUGUGGCAACUGAAUCACCUUCUAAAGAAGUAGUAGAACCUGAUACAACAGCUACACCUGAUGAUACCAAAAGAGCUGUAGAGGACACACAAGUUGAGCAAAAGUCUGUUCUUGAAAACAUUGUGUCAGAAACCAAAGAUACACCCACAGAACCUGAAGUGGAAUCAGUGCCCAAAGAUGAUAUUGUUCUAGAAAAUGAACCAGUUUCAGUUUCUGAAGCCUUGCAAAUCCCUGAGUUAAAAACCACUUUUGGAACAACUUUUGAUGCUGUUACCACCGACGAUGAAAUCACAAAGAAUGUUACCCCAUAUGAGGAGGAGGAGGAGGAAAGUGAAUAUGUGGAAAACCAUCCCGAGGAUGACAUUGACGUGAAAGCAGAAACUCUAUUGCUGUCUGUCUCUGAAGAACCCAUAACCACUCCAGAGUCUGAAAGCUUCCUCAAAGAGCAUGAAAGUCCUCCAACACAUGAUGACAAACCAGAGGCCGAAGAGGAGAAGACCGUGUGGACAUCAUUGGGAGAUGCUGUUUUUUCAGUUGUCACCGGUGGAGAGAGGACAGCAGAUGUUUUCAGUUCAGAAGAAGACGACGAUGAUGAGGUAGAAGAAGCUGCUUCAAAAACCCCUCAGAGUUUUGAGGAACAAAAUGAAGACGUAGAAGAACCACUAUCAGAAGAAUCACCAAAAGAGCCAGAAAACAUAGAGCCAGUGUCAUUUGAUCGUGAAAAUGAAGAUGAGGGUGAUGGAGAAGUGAUCGGACCUGAGGGCGCUUUGGAGGAAACUUUAAAACCAACAGAUGAGCCGAUACACCAUCAAACAAAAGAAAGUACAAUAACUGUGGAUACAGUCUCACACGAUGGAUCGGCCAUUCCUGAGGCUCAAAACUCGGAUAUGAAAACAACAAUAGAAGCCAUUGAGCAGAAAGAGGAACAGAAGGAAGCGUCCAAAGAUGCAGAGGUUAAUAAUGAUACUGAUCCCAACAUUGCCAUGGAGCAUAGUGAGGAUUUAGAUAAUGAACUGGAAGAAAAUAAAACAGUGAUGGAUGAAGAAUUAACCAGCACCAAAACUGAAAUCCAUCAGGACACGUCCACUGAGGUGAUGCAAUCAAAGGAUUUGGAUUCAAAAGACGAUGAAAAGACAGUAGAUGACCACCUACCUGAGCACAUACAUGACCAUUCACUGACAGAUUCAGAGAGUAAUAACAGUCAACCAGAAGUAUCUGUGGAGGAACCGGAGGUUCAUGAGGAGUGGAAAGACGAAGAACAGAAAGACGAGGAAAAAGAAGAAUUACUUGAAGAUGAAAACGCACUUUCUUUCUCACAAUCUGAUCACGCAGACUCUAAAGAACCCUCUCCUGAAACCACUCCGCCCACUUUGUCGACUCCGGAGCCCAAAUACAGCGACAGCGUGUUGAGACUGACUCUGCUUCGCGACCACUUCACUGAAGACAACAUGAUGAAGAUCCAAAAGCUUUUGGGUCUCAAGAAUCUCUUCAAAGUGGAGGCCAUGUUCUCCGACCUGGACACAGAAUUGCAGGCGACCCGUCUCUCGCACACAGGUAGCACACACGACAUUGAAAGUGCUCUCGAGGGCAUCCUGGAAGCCUCUGAGAACACCAUCCUGGAUGAGAUUGAGAAGAUGCUGGAUGGCCGGGACACAAAAGACAGCUAUGACCAACAACAGGACACAAGCAGUGUGGAUGAGGAGACUGAAAUACUGGAUGACUUCCAGGAGCUGGCAUUCAGCCUGCGACAGAAGUAUUCAACAGCCAGCGACAGCACGCCUUUGGCUUCUGACAGCGCACCCGAUACUGACCAAGAUGAACAUGAAUUAAAUGCUGACGAUGCAAAAGAAGACAAAGUUGACACCGUCCCUGAGGCUGAGAGUGAUGACAACCUCACAGUAACAGAUCAGGAGGAACCUCCUGCACAGACUAAAGAGGAGCAGAUGGUUUUGGACGAGGUGCACGGUGGAGCGGACAUCAGUGUGGAGGAGGAUGGCGGACAUUUUAAUAAAAACAAAGACAAUCAGCCGAGCUUCAGUGCAUCAAACGAGAUACAGAAGGUCCCUCAAACAACACUGGAAAAUCCCCUAGACAUGGGCCUCGGUGUCGAGGUCGAGCACUCUUCCUCAGGAUCCUUUGACUCCAUUGAGUCAGUGUCUGAUAUUCCUGAUGAAGAAGUGGGAUUAUUGUCAACUGGGAUUGUUUACAUGGGCUGCAUCCUAUCAAUGAUGAAGAGUAAAAUUGCUGGGUGGACUAUUGAGGUGAUUUCAUUACUGCCAGAAGAGUGGAAGCCAGGGGAAACCUUGUAUGGCUGUCCCUGGCAAGCUGUUGUCAUUACUGCUUUGGUUGGAGUAGUGACCUUCACCCUCUUCUUCUGGAGGACUGUAUUGGCAGUAAAGAAGAGAGAAUAUCUUGUGGAUGAAAAAAAGCUAACAGGGCAAAUUCUGGCGCUGAAAAAAGAGAAAAAUGAUGCUCUUGCCAAAAUGUCUGAACUCCAGAAACAGACUGAACAGCUGAAAGAACAUCAAAAACAGUCAAAGGAAACAGUUAGUUGUACAAUGAAAAAGAUGCAAGCCCUGGAGAGUAAAGUUUUGGAGGCAGAAACACGGAAUGAACACAUGGCAGAGGAAAAGAACAAAUAUGCAAAACUUCUAGAAGAAGAGAGGGCUAACUCUCUGCAAAAUGGCACAAGGAUUGAAAAAUUGGAGAAGUCCAAAGAGAAGCUACAGCUUAGCAGGAAAAAGAUUCAGGAAGCUCUUGCUAAGACUUCUGUUCUCCUGGACGAGGCCAAGAUUCGUGAAGAUGCCCGAAAUGUUCAGCACAAAUGUCUUGAGAAAGAUCAUGCGGCACUAAAAGAAGAAAAUAAAACGCUUAAAGCUACCAUUAAGAACUGGGAGGACAAACAUAAAGAGCUGAAUGAGCAGAUUAAAGUCUAUCAAAAGUCUCAGAAAGAGCUGGAGGACUCGGUGGUGCUUAAAGACCACAACGUGGAGGUGCUGUCUGAACUUUUGGCAGACCUCGACGCCUGUGAUUUACAAAAAGGUGACACCAAAGUUUUGGCCAAUGGUGAAGUAGCACCUGUAUCUUUUUCAGAUAAGAAAACAGCCAUAAAGAACAGGAUCAGACAGAUGAUGGAUGUCUCUCGGGUCCAAACCACUCUCACUGUGGUGGAAGAAGAGCGCGACCGCUUCAUGAGCAAAUUACUGAAUGAAGAAAAGACUAGAAAAUCACUGGAAGAACAACACCGGGAGCUCGAGCACGCAAUUGCAACCCUAAAAAGCGAGAAGAGCCAUGUGGAAAACCAGUUCAAGAUCCUCCAGCAGAAAAAUGAAAUCAUGGUUGAAAUGUAUCAGCAGAAGGAAAACGCUUUGCAGCAGAGAUUAACGAAGGAAGAGUUGGAGCGACGCAGCAAAGAGAGUCAGCUGUCUGAGGUGGGAGGAAAAGCUGUGGAGGCUGAGGAGCAGGUUAAAGUCUUACGGCAACGCAUUAAUGAAAUGGAGGAGCAGAUGAAGAAGACUGAGGAAGUCUACAAAGAGCAGAUAAAAGAACAGGAAAACAAAACUCACUCUAACUGGGUAAAUGCUCGUAAUGCAGAGCGAGCUCUGAAUCAAGAGAAGCUUGAAUCAUCAAAGCUCCGUGAAAAACUGGCUGUACUCACCUCCCAGCUCAAUGAGCGCCGUGCUCCUCUCUUCAGACCGAAUUCUGGACAGCCUGCAGGCCCUCGCCAAGGUGACUCAUACGGGCCCUCUCCUGUGAGUGGGGGUGCACCGUCCCCUCCAAUAAUGAUAGAGGGUCCCAGGCGCCCUCCGUCUGCCCCAGUUGGGCGAAGAAUUGACCCGUAUGGUCCGCGGCCUCCAUCAGACCCACAUGGUCGUUACGCUGACAACAAACACAUCUCUGGGAUGGACAUGAUGGGCCCCCGCAGCUCUUCACCUGCCAACAUGGAUGGAUCCACACAAGCAGUAGAUCCACAAAUAAAAGCAGAGACUCAGGCCGAGGCCUCCACAGACAGUCCAGAGCCUGGACCCGGAUCCUUCCUAGCAUCUCCAAUCAGGGACUCUCCAGGUCCCAUGGUCCAAGGACCUCCCCCAGGCCCAGGACCCCAUGACCAGCUCCCCCCUCCAGGACUCCACGGCCGCCUGCCACCUCCUGGGCCUUAUAGACCUCCUCGACCCGGCCUCUACCACCUCCCACCAGGUCCUCACGGUCCUCCUCCUCCAAAUGUACCGCCUCAUCAUGGACCUCCCCUACCAGCCAACGGACACCCAGGUAUGCCCCUGCCUGGACCAGCGGGAGGAGAGUUCGGAUCUCGACCUGCCAACGGACAUGCAUUCCUCCCCAGGCCAGGCCCUGGACCUGUCGAUCCUCGGGGCCCGCCACCGCCACACUUCCGUCCCCCACCGCCUCAUCACUUCGGUCCGAUGCCUCUGCCGCCUGGUGUCCGUGGACCCAUGGGACCACGUCCACCCGUCCCUCCUGACAUGCGAUACCCAGGACCGCGUGACCACCCCAGCCCACCAAUGAACCUGCCUCCAGGCGUCCCUCCCCAUCCUGCACAUGGUGAUGCGUAUGGUCACGCUCCACCCGAUGCCCUCCACAACUCACACAGCGGCCCCCGACAGGACCUGCACGUGAAGCAGGAGGCCCCUCAGGACUCAGCGAGGCCAGCGAUGGUCAAGCCUUAAAGACGCCACCAGCUGUGGCAGAGGACUUGAAUUUAACCCCGAACCCAUCACAUUAACAACCCCAAUCCUGUCUAAACGUAGGUCAUGUUUUUUUUCAUAAUUCAGUUUUAAAAUAAAACAAUGUUUAUUUAAAAAGAAAAACAUGGUCCUUAAAUUAAAGCAUCAAUAAUUAUGUGUCUGAAAUCAAUAUGAGUUGAGAGUUGCCACUUUUCUAAACCGCUUAUUGUGCAAUAAUGAUUCAUUAUACACCAGAGGAUUUUCAUUUUUGUUGCUUUUUAAAAAAAAAAAAUCAUAUAUAUAUAUAUAGCAGUGAUUUUAAGGGGCAAUUUUUUUAAAUGUCAUUUCCUGUGGAAAUUAUUUUAAAAAAGAAGAAAAAGGAGGGAGUUUAGCAUUUCAGGAAUACCAUAAUUUCCCAAAGCUGUUGCUUUAGAGCCGACUGUAAAGCAAAUGUGUAAUUUGAUGGCCAGAUGUAUAACUUAUUUUACUAUGUUGGUAGAACUUUUAUUAAUAAAGAAUGUAAAAGCU